CGAAAAUAAAUUUUCGAUCAUCUUGAGAUUAAUCAUCCUCUUUGUCAUUCAUCAAAACAAAACAAAAAAUAUUCCAGAAGAAAUAGUAAAGGGGUUUGAACUCAUGUCCAACAAGGCCACCAUUCUUUGAUGGAACAAAUUAUUCAUAUUGGAAGGAACGGAUGAGAAUAUUCAUUCAAUCCAACGACUUCAAAAUUUGGCUCGCUACCAAGAAUGGAGAUAGCUUGCCGAUGAAGAAGAUUGGCGAUACACUCAUCCCGAAGAACGAGGAUGAAUAUGAUGAAGCCGACUUCAAGAAGGCUCAAUUGAAUGCCACCGCCAUAAACUUCUUGUAUUGUGCUGUCAACGCCAACGAUUAUCAAAAGAUAUCUCGUUGCCAAACCACCAACCAAAUGUGGAACAAGCUCAUGAUCACAUACGAAGGUACGCCUCAAGUUCGUGAAUCAAAAAUUGAUUUACUAACCCAUGAAUAUGAGCUAUUUGCUAUGAAAGAGAACGAGCUUGUGGAGGACAUGUUUGGAAGAUUUUCGAACAUUAUCAGCGACCUUGAUAUGCUUGGAAAGACUUUCACCAACAAGGAGUUAGUGAGGAAAAUCCUGCGAAGUCUUACCAAGGAAUGGGAGUCAAAGGUUAACUCCACCUACGAAGGCCGAGAUUAUAACGUCAUCACAUACGAUGGUCUUUGAG